AUGCGGACAUUACUGUUUCUCAGCUUCGUAUUUUUCUGCUCACAAGUAUCAGCAUACUACUACUCAGGUUACGGCCCCACGUAUGGUUAUGAUAGCACGUAUGCCUACCCAUCCUAUUCAUACUAUCCAUCUUAUAACUCUUAUUAUGCACCCAGUCUUGGUUCAGGAUCGUAUUGGGCAGCUGGUGGUGGCCUAGUAGGCAAUGUCGUUUCAUUCUUCAUUGGAUAA